AUGAGUUUUGGAGGAAACCAGAGUUUUCAAAGUUUCCCUGAGCCCCAGCUGAUGACUGAGAGUCAAAGGACAAUGUUUGUCUUGGUAAACCGCUUGGUUCUCUGCACAGCCAUUGGUCUGUUUGGCCUCGUGACGAAUCUGAUCAACAUGGCUGUUUUCACCAAACUUGGAUUCAAGAUUUCCAUGAACAUCAGUUUGUUUACUUUGUCAUUUUGGGAUUUUAUCCGAAUCAUCUUGGUGCAAUGGCUCAAUGUGUGCUCCAAUCCUCUACUGACCAGACCUGAUGUUCCAGUCUUGUUUUCUGAUGUCCAGUAUCUGACUGCCGGAUGGCCGUCCAAUUGUGCUAUUAGAAUCACUAUGUCUAUCGCUGCUUAUAUUACUUUUGAGAGGUGCCUGGGUAUAAUAGCUCCGUUGAAGAUUAGGAACAUUAUAACACCAUCCAAAACUGUGUUUAUUUUAAAUAUAAUUACCAUUAUCAACAUCGGCGGCAUUCUGCCUGAGUAUGUUUCUGCUUACUACGAUUGGAAAUAUAACACUCUCAGAAAUAGGACAGUUCUAUCUCUUACUUUCAACAUGUAUCGCCCAGCUACACAAGGUGUUGCGUUCGGCAUUCACUCUGUGUUCAUCUUUCUAGACCUGUUCUUAUUGAUCAUCUUCACCUCUAUACUAGUGGCUCAGCUCCGGCGUAAAUCGAAAUGGCGUCACGAGAAGGUCCGAGACGAGAGUCAGAGGGCUUCACUGUCAGGUCGAGAUAAGAAAACCUCCAAGCUGGUCGUGUUGCUGGCCACGUUGUUAGUUCUCUGCUACUCUCCAGUGGUCAUCCUUUCCGCUAUUAAAAAAAUGUUGUUUGACAAGCUACCAGACCACAACCCCGAGGACUACAACUUGGUGCUCUUCAAAGAGGAAGGAAGGUUCAUUGCUGCCGACACUGAAGGGAUUACCGACUACUUUGACCAGAUCUACAAGGACAAGUACACAAUCACAUUUGAGAAGAGAGAGGAUUAA